AUGGAUAAAACUGAUUCGAGCAUAGAACCAACUCCCAUCACCAGGCUUGAGGGUAAGACUAAAGCAAUUGUAGUGUGUUGGUUUCUUGGACUUGGAGCACUUGUAGCAUGGAAUAGUAUGCUGACUAUUGCAGAUUACUACUAUCAGUUGUUCCCGAGAUACCAUCCUUCCAGGGUACUUACCCUUGUUUACCAGCCAUUUGCGCUUGGAACAAUGGCAAUUCUUGCUUACUAUGAGGCCAAAAUUGACACAAGGAAGAGGAACUUGUUUGGAUACAUCCUUUUCUGCAUAAGCACAUUUGGACUUUUAGUGAUAGAUUUAGCCACAUCGGGAAAAGGAGGGAUCGGAAAUUACAUUGGCAUUUGUGCUUUCGUUGCCGCUUUUGGAGUGGCUGAUGCAUUGACGCAGGGUGGGCUAAUCGGCGAUCUUGCUUUUAUGUGUCCUGAAUUCUUGCAGUCGUUUUUUGCUGGUUUGGCGGCAUCGGGAGCUUUAACUUCUGGCUUGAGGCUAAUCACUAAGGCAGCUUUUGAUAAAACCGAAAAUGGUCUUCGUAAGGGAGUCAUUCUGUUUCUUGCCAUCUCGACAUUUUUUGAAUUUAUAUGUAUUUUCCUCUACGCAUUUGUGUUCGGGAAUCUACCGAUCGUGAAGAACUUCCGGAAAAAAGCAGCCUUGGAAGGGUCCAAAACGGUCUCGGCUGAUCUUGCAGCCGCGGGUAUCCAUACCUCAAAUGGCAAAAUUGUGGAUGAUCCUAAAGAGGCCCGAUUAGGCAACAAGGAGCUGCUACUUCAGAACUAUGAUUACGCAUUGGACCUUUACUUAAUAUUUGGACUCACACUCUCGAUUUUCCCUGGUUUCUUAUAUGAAAACACGGGCAACCACCAAUUGGGAUCUUGGUAA